CAGGUUAUCAGCAUUUUUACCCUGCUGGAAGUGGUUUUGAAGUCAGAGUCUGCUCCGCUGAAGUACACUGCAGUUCUGAAGAGACCGGAGUGAGCAGAGAUGCCAAACUGGAAAGGAUUCUAGGGGGAAAAUGUGGCUCUGCUGAUGCAAAUCUUUUUUUUUUUUUCUUUUAUAAGUGAUAAAUUGUGAUUUUAUCAAUAUGUGUAUUUAACCUGUUUACUACUGCAGUAGCUCUUUUACAGAGUAAUCAGAUUUAUGUGUUUACAGUGAUCACUUGGCACGCAGAGCUCUUAUCUGUGUCUAGAAGGUGGUUUGAUGAAUUGAUAUCUUUCAUCUGUAAGCAAAAGCACUAAUUCUGAAUUUUAUCUAAGAUAAGUCACAUAGAGCAGUGAAAAGGGUUAUAUAUAUUUUAGUGGUAAAUGUGGUCUCAUCGCUUGUUGGAUCAUUUUUAAUUAACUGGAACAUUUUUUUAGUUUAUUAUUCCUGAGAUUGUGUCAGAUGGAUGCAUUUUCUUUUUAACAUAAUACUUUUUUUUUUUUUUAACUCUCCUACCCCCCCCCCCUUACCUUGCACUCAACCCCCGAAGGAAGAAAUACUGUUUUGUUUUUUAAUCUGAUGGGUUUUUACUGUUUAAUUUGUAAAUGAAAUCAUAAACUCUAUGUGGUUGAUUACCAAAGAUGACCAGCCAAGUCUAUGAAAUGUUUACAGUUUUCGUUUUACUUUUCUUUGCACUGCAGUUGAGUUUCUUGCAAUACUUACUUGUAUAAGUGUCAUGCUACCACUUUGUAGAUGGACUUCAGACUGAACACCUUUUAGUGAAAUGUUUUAAAACGUAAAAGUCUUUAAUUUAGCAGAAGGAAAUGAGCUGAUGACUUGAAGAGAACUCUUUAAAAGCUUUGAUUUUUAGUAUGUUUAGUACUAAAGUCCCUUUAUACGUCUUUGUGAUGUUUCUAAGGAACAUAAGAGUCCCAUUGUUUGUAAAACUUUCAUUCCUUCUGCUUGUGACCUGUUUAUCUAACAAGAGCUUGUCCUGUGUAUAAGUUUCACAUAUUGCAUGCAGCACAUUAUCAUCAAACUGUCAUAUCUGAGUCCACUUUCAAUAAAGUGAUAUGCUCUGUU